UCCGGCCGGGUGAGAGCGCGCACCUUUACCUCUGCAUACACACGCACCCGCACUCACCUGUAAAUAACUGGCGCUCAGAAAUGCGGAAACGAAGUCAUCAGCACGCUUAUAAAGUAGAUAAAUGUAAUUCGGCGAGUGAUUGGUUCAUUUUAAAAAUGCAGUGAUGGAGUAAUGAGGACGGACAGCUGGAUGAAGGACGAUAUGUUUUCUUGGUGGAUGUAGUUAGUUGUCGAGCUUCACAUCAACGUCGGGACAACUUCCAACAUGUAUUACAAGACUGUCGAGGAAGACAUUGAGCUGAGGGAAGGAGGGAAGGAUGGCUACAGCAGAGAGCCUUUACUUCCUUCAAUGCCCACCCAAAGGACAUUUGACUAUGUACUGGUGGCCCACAAAGUUGAGGAUGACACAGACCAGAGGGCUCAGAAGCAGCGAGCCUUUAUAAAGCAGCUGGAAAAGAAAAAAAUCGUUGUCACCCAAAUCGUCCAAGACAAGGUGUUUUACGGCCUACGUGCCCCCAGUGAAAUAUUUGAAGACUACAUUUACCUGCUCAAGGUCUCUGAUUCCUGCAACUGGAGUGGAGAUGAUCGGGGCAGCAUCACUCAGGCUACAAGGAUCCGAAUUGUCAAUUUCAUCAUUCAUCAUACCUUCAUCAACACAGGAGAGAACCUGAAGGAACUGUUGAUGAAGGAUGUGUUUGAGACCGGGUUCUGCCUCCAUGAGAGGACAGAGCAAAAGAAACUGAAGAAGAAGUGGGCUCGAUGGUCGGGUCUCUUCACUGGCCAGCCAUUCAAUGAAGUCAAGUGUUACUUUGGGGAGAAGGUGGCCCUGUACUACCUGUGGCUGGGCUGGUACACCAAGUUAUUGGUGCCAGCUGCUGCACUGGGUGUUGUAGUGUUCUUGUAUGGGUUGGCCUUUUUCAACACCAAUCCUCUCAUUAAGGAAGUAUGUCAGUCCAACAUCACCAUGUGUCCUCGGUGUGACAAGAGGUGUACAGUCUGGCAGCUGUCAGACACUUGCACCUAUGCAAAGGUCAGCCAUUUGUUUGACAAUGAGGGAACUGUGGCUUUUGCUAUGUUUAUGGCAAUCUGGGCUACUCUGUUCCUGGAGCUGUGGAAGAGAACCAGGGCCAGACAUGUUUCCAUGUGGAAGGUCUAUGACUGGUGUGAGGAGGAGGAGGAACUGAUUCUGGAAAUAGUCAAUGAUCCACACUGUCAACCCAAACAGUUCAGACACUCUUACUUCCGCAGCACUCUGGUCCUCAUACUGGUUACACUCAUGUUGAUGCUGAUCAUCGGUCUUGCUCAUGCCCUGGUGGUGUUUCGAGUGGUAGCAGCGCCCUUGCUGUCUGAGGGCAAGUGGGAUUUUAUCAAGGACCAUGCCAACACUGUGGCAGUGAUGCUGGGAGCUGUCCUUCACUAUGUCACCAUUCAGAUCAUGACCCGGGUAAACAGAUGGGUGUCCCUCAAGCUGUGUGACAUAGAGAAGACAAAUUCAUCCGCUGCCACAGAGAGAAGCUUCACAGUCAAAAUGUUCACCUUUCAGUUCUUCACUCUCUUCUCUUCACUCUUCUAUGUGGCCUUCUUCCUCGGCAGGAUAAAUGGCCAUCCAGGAGACUAUGUGCGUAUAGCUGGGUGGAGACUGGAGGAGUGCCACCCUAGUGGUUGUUUGACAGACCUCUUUAUCCAGAUGGCUAUUAUCAUGCUGCUCAAACAGACUCUUAACAACAUCUUUGAGUACACCGUUCCCUGGCUGAAGAGCUGUUUCAACAGAAACACUGCAAAGAAGCUGCAGAGGAAGUGUGGUCUCUGUUACAGGAAGGCCUGCCGGGAUGAAGAGGGACGCGUUGAACCGUGUGACAUUUGCAAACUUCGGGACUGGAUGCGUAACUACCACCUGGCCAACACUGACGCCUUCAGCCUAUUUAACGAGUUCCUAGAGAUGGUGGUCCAGUUCAGUUUCACCACCAUAUUUGUGGCAGCGUUCCCUCUGGCCCCCCUGCUUGCUCUCAUCAACAACAUCUUUGAGAUCCGUCUGGACGCCAUCAAGAUGGUCAGCUUGGAACGUCGACUAGUUCCCAGGAAGACCAAUGACAUUGGUAUAUGGACGAAGGUUUUGGAGGCCAUUGGUGUGCUGGCAGUGAUAGCCAACGGCCUGGUCAUUGGAGUCUCAUCAGACUUCAUUCCACGCCUCGUCUACCGCUACCGCUAUGGACCCUGUGCCAAUGGAAGCACACACACACAUUGUAUGCAGGGCUACAUUAAUGACACUCUGUCCACGGCCUACCUGACACACCCAGCAGUUAGAAAGGACUUUUUAGACGAUCAGAUGCUGAUAGACAACAAAAUCAAUGUCACACAGUGCAGCUAUAGAGACUACAGGAGUAAUGAGGACUACACUCUGACCUCUCAGUUCUGGUUGGUCUUGGCUGUGCGCUUUGCCUUCGUCAUCCUGUUUGAGCAUGUUGUGGUGGUGUGUAAGUUUAUAGCUGCCUGGUUCGUCCCCAACAAUCCCAUUCAGGUGAAGAAUGAUCGUCUGCAUGACAAACAGGAACGACUGAGGAAGGAGCUACAAGAAAUAAAACGCAGAAAUUCAACAGACGUCUAACGUCCCACAGCUGCCCUCAGAUCUGCAUCCUUUCACAAGCCUCAACUUAUUGACAUCUCAGGGGAAUGAUGUUGCCUUGCUUUUAUUAUUUAUACUUCCUGUUGAGGCUGGACUGCUGUCACCUCAGCCCUCAACUGCUGUACAAUAUUGUAAUUUUAUCAGUUUUUAAGUUGUGUUUAUCUGGCAUGAUAUUAUUUAACUUUUAUUCACUCCUACUGGCAUGUCAUGACCAACCAUAACACUACAUAUACAUUGUUUUCCACUAAGUAACAUGAAUGUUAUUUUUUAUAUAUAUUAAAAUAUAAGAAAGAAUAUAUUUUUGUCAUUAUACAUUUACAUGGAAGUUUUGCAAACAGAUGAUAAUGUUGUUGUUAUGGUCUGGGACCUGUUUGAAGAAGCACAAUCAUUGAGUUAUCUAGAUAAGCCAGAACCUUAAAGGAAUAGUUUGGGCAAUGUGUGAGAAGAUUUAUACCACUUAAACAACUAAGUAAGCCCACAAAUUAGUACAAGUAGUCCUUAAAUGUCCCAUUCAAAGAAUUUCGUCAUACAAUAUCCCUGCAUGGUACGGCAACCUGAACAGUAAAUACAGAUACAUGCAGGCAAGGAUUGUCAAUGUAGCUUGCUAUUAAGACCAGAGGAUGAGCAGGAAGAAACCUUUACAUCCCCUGUUCUCCAGGUCUGAGAGGAUAAACUGGUAGGUGCUACACAAUACCUUUGGCAAUAAAGAACAUAUAAGAAGCCAUUUAUCCCACUGUAAUUGGUUGUUCAGUACUUAGUGACUUUUUUCUCCUUUCCUUCAUUGUGUUUUUCUUAAUAUUUGUGUAUUGUAUUUCAGAGAUGUUUUUAUGUCUUUUAGUCCAAGCCCGAUUUAAGUCUCAAGUCUCUGAGGGCAAGUCUGAGUCUAGUCUCCUGCUCUGAUCGUAUUUAUGACUUAGUGUCAAUGUUGUUAUUUUAGUAUGUUGUGAACAUACUAUGCCUUAAUAUUUCAACAAAGUGCUAAAUAGACUUAAGACAAUUUUCCAUGUUG